AUGCCGACUUUACUGAUUAAAGGUCACUUGUGCAAAACCUCACACUUACUAAGUGGUACAGAACUGGAGAUGAAAACAAUUACAGUGCCCAGUCCACCCUCCUAUGAGAACGUGAGGCACAAGGGGCAUCCAGAGGUGUGCCACCACUGCCCUAAUGUACCAAUCCUCCUGGUGCGAACCAAGAAGGACCUGAGAGCCCAGCCUGAUACCCUUCGGCGCCUCAAGGAGCAGGGCCAGGCACCCAUCACGCCACAACGGGGUCAGGCGCUGGCCAAGCAGAUCCACGCUGUGCGCUACCUCGAGUGCUCGGCCCUUCAGCAGGAUGGCGUCAAGGAGGUGUUCGCCGAGGCCGUCCGGGCUGUGCUCAACCCCACGCCCAUCAAGCGUGGGCGCUCCUGCAUCCUUGUCCCCAUCCCACCAAUUGUGCCAUGCCUGCCCCCAGCUGUGCCUUAA